CCUGUCAGUGGAGGCGGUCGGGGUGGUUUGGUGCCGAGGGAAAGGCUGUAACUUCUACGUGACCAUGGUACCUGUUGAAAACACGGAGGGCCCCAGUCUGCUGAACCCGAAGGAGAGAGCGGCGCAGACAGAUGGCCGCGACAGAGCCGGCGGCCGGCAUCCGUCCUGGGCGAGAGGUUGUGGCACGUUCACCCUCCUGUCGGCUGUCACUGCUGCCGUCAGUGGCCUCCUGAUGGGCUAUGAAAUCGGGCUUAUCUCUGGGGCUCUUCUUCAGAUAAGGACCUUGUUGGCCCUGACCUGCCAUGAGCAAGAAAUGGUGGUGAGCUCGCUCCUCAUUGGGGCCUUACUCGCCUCUCUCACCGGAGGGGUCCUGAUUGACAGGUUCGGAAGAAGGCCUGCAAUCAUCCUGUCAUCCUGCCUCCUUGGACUCGGAAGCCUGGUCUUGAUACUCAGUUUAUCUUACUCGGUCCUUAUAGUGGGACGCAUCGCUAUAGGGGUUUCCAUCUCUCUCUCUUCAAUCGCCACCUGUGUUUACAUUGCAGAGAUUGCUCCACAGCACAGAAGAGGCCUUCUUGUGUCACUAAACGAGCUGAUGGUUGUCACCGGCAUCCUUUUUGCCUACGUUUCCAAUUAUGCAUUUGCCAAUGUUUCCCAGGGCUGGAAGUACAUGUUUGGCCUUGUUAUUCCCUUGGGAGUUCUGCAGGCGAUUGCAAUGUACUUUCUUCCUCCAAGUCCCCGGUUUCUGGUGAUGAGAGGACAGGAGGAAGCUGCUAGCAAUGUUCUCAGGAGGUUGAGAACCAUCUCAGAUACAACGGAGGAACUCACUGUGAUCAAAUCUUCCCUGAAAGAUGAAUAUCAGUAUAGUUUUUGGGAUCUGUUUCGUUCAAAGGACAACAUGAGGACCCGAAUAAUGAUAGGCCUAACACUGGUGUUUUUUGUCCAAAUCACUGGCCAGCCAAAUAUAUUAUUCUAUGCAUCAACUGUUUUGAAGUCUGUUGGCUUCCAAAGCAAUGAGGUGGCUAGCCUUGCCUCCACGGGGGUUGGGGUUGUCAAGGUCGUCAGUACCAUCCCGGCCACUCUUCUUGUAGACCAUGUAGGAAGCAAAACCUUCCUCUGCGUGGGCUCCUCUGUGAUGGCAGCCUCAUUGGUGACCAUGGGCGUCGUGAACCUCCAUAUCAACAUGAACUUCACCAGUAUCUGCAGAAGCCAUAGUCCUAUCAACCAGUCCUUGGAUGAGUCUGUGUUUUAUGGACCAGUAAACCUGUCGGCCAGCAGUGACAAUCUUAGAGAGCCCUUUAAGGAGAUCACUUCCCCCAGUGGAAGCUCACUAAUGCCCAUGAGAAAUGACGUGGAUAAGAGAGGGGAGAUGACCUCCACAUCCUCACCAAAUGCUGGACUGAGCCAGACUGCACACCAGAUAGUCACAGACCCUGAGGGCGUCCCAGCUUUUCUGAAAUGGCUGUCCUUAGCCAGCUUGCUUGCUUAUGUUGCUGCUUUUUCAAUCGGUCUGGGACCAAUGCCCUGGCUGGUGCUGAGCGAGAUUUUUCCCGGCGGAAUUCGCGGACGAGCCUUUGCCUUAACUUCCAGCAUGAACUGGGGCAUCAAUCUCCUCAUCUCUCUGACGUUUUUGACUGUGACCGACCGCAUUGGCCUGCCAUGGGUGUGCUUUUUCUAUACAGUCAUGAGUCUGGCUUCCCUGGCCUUCGUUGUUGUGUUUAUACCACAGACAAAGGGAUGCUCUUUGGAACAAAUAUCGACUGAGCUGGCAAAAGCGAACUAUGUGAAAAACAACAUUUGUUUUAUGAGUCAUCAGCAAGAGGAAUUAGUGCCAAAACAGCUUCAAAAAAGAAAACCCCAGGAACAGCUCUCAGAGUGUAAAAAACUGUGUGACGGGGGACAACCAGGGCAGCUGUCUCCAGAGACCCAAUGGCCUCAGAACCUCGCAGGUUGA